AUGACGGUGCUGGAGCAAAGCCGAAAGGUCGUCCAGCGCCCGAUGCAAAACGGGAUACUCAACGCCAAUACGAUCACACGAAUUGGAACCUGGAACGUGCGAACGUUGUACCAGUGUGGGAGACUGAAGCAGCUUCUGCACGAAUUCGACAAUUACCGGCUUGACAUUCUUGGUGUCAGCGAAAUGAGGUGGACGGGUAAUGGAAAAAUGACAAGCGACGGGAAGAUCGUCCUGUAUUCGGGAGCAAAAGAACAUCAUGUGCACGGCGUCGGGAUGGUCCUGAGUAAAACCGCGGCACAGGCACUCGUUGGAUGGAAACCGAUCAGUGAUCGCAUCCUUACCGCCCGAUUUCAGUCUCGCCAUGCUAAAAUUACUGUUAUUCAAGUCUACGCACCGACAAAUGAGGCAGAUGAUGAAGGGAAGGACGCCUUCUACGACCAGCUGCAAGACACAAUCGCGGUUGUCCCCAACCAUGACAUAAAGAUCCUCCUUGGCGACAUGAAUGCGCAACUCAGCAGCGACCGUCAGGGCUGGGAAAACGUGAUCGGACCUCAUGGAUCGGCAGCAGUAACGAAUGAUAAUGGAGAGCGUCUCCUAUCCCUAUGCAAUCUUAACAACCUUUGCAUCGGGAAUACAUAUUUCAUUCACAAACGGAUUCACAAAAAGACGUGGCGGUCACCAGAUGGGGCCACUCACAAUGAAAUCGACCAUGUAUGCAUCCAUCGAAGGUGGCGCUCGGCUUUACGUGAUGUACGGGUUUUUCGCGGCGCCGACGUCGGAUCUGAUCACCACUUGCUUCUCGGCCAGCAUCGAAGAACAAUGGGCACAGAUCAAGGAUGCUGCCAUCGAGACGGCAGAGAGAACGAUUGGUCGACGGCGUGGAACGCAGCGAGAACGGUGGAUUCAGGACUGGACAUAGUCGUUGCUCGAUGAAAGACGGGUCAAGAAAC